CGGCGGCGACGGCUGGACGGGUGGCUGCCUCGGCCGGCGGGACCAGAUCGGAUAUAAGCACCAUGGAAGGAGAAGACUAAGAAUUCAUCAUGAUUGGAGGGCUGUUCAUUUAUAAUCAUAAGGGAGAGGUUUUAAUCUCCCGUGUCUACAGGGAUGACAUUGGGCGGAACGCAGUGGAUGCUUUCCGAGUCAAUGUCAUCCAUGCACGACAACAAGUGCGCUCACCGGUCACCAACAUUGCCCGUACCAGUUUCUUCCAUGUUAAACGUUCCAACAUCUGGCUGGCUGCUGUCACCAAGCAAAAUGUUAAUGCUGCUAUGGUCUUUGAGUUCCUCUACAAAAUGUGUGACGUGAUGACUGCCUAUUUCGGAAAGAUCAGUGAAGAGAACAUCAAGAACAACUUCGUGCUCAUCUAUGAGCUUCUGGAUGAAAUCCUGGACUUUGGUUACCCUCAGAACUCUGAGACGGGAGCCCUGAAAACAUUCAUCACCCAACAAGGAAUCAAGAGCCAGGUAAAUACUAAGGAAGAGCAGUCUCAGAUUACAAGCCAGGUAACUGGUCAGAUUGGUUGGAGGCGUGAAGGGAUCAAAUACCGUCGCAACGAACUCUUCCUGGAUGUUCUAGAGAGUGUGAACUUGCUGAUGUCACCACAAGGCCAGGUGUUGAGCGCCCAUGUCUCAGGAAGAGUGGUCAUGAAAAGCUACCUAAGUGGAAUGCCAGAAUGCAAGUUUGGCAUGAAUGACAAGAUUGUAAUCGAGAAACAAGGCAAGGGGACUGCAGACGAAACAGGGAAAAGUGGGAAGCAGUCAAUUGCCAUUGAUGACUGCACUUUUCACCAAUGUGUGAGACUCAGCAAGUUUGACUCAGAGAGGAGUAUCAGCUUCAUACCCCCAGAUGGAGAGUUUGAGCUCAUGAGGUACCGAACCACUAAGGACAUUAUUUUGCCGUUCCGCGUUAUCCCCCUGGUGCGUGAGGUGGGCCGCACCAAGCUGGAGGUGAAGGUGGUGAUCAAGUCUAACUUUAAGCCUUCCCUCUUGGCUCAGAAGAUAGAGGUGCGAAUUCCAACUCCACUUAAUACUAGUGGCGUACAAGUCAUCUGCAUGAAAGGGAAGGCAAAAUACAAGGCCAGUGAGAAUGCCAUUGUCUGGAAAAUUAAACGGAUGGCUGGAAUGAAAGAGUCCCAGAUCAGCGCAGAGAUAGAACUACUUCCAACGAACGACAAGAAGAAAUGGGCUCGGCCACCCAUCUCUAUGAACUUUGAGGUUCCCUUUGCACCUUCUGGGCUGAAGGUGCGCUAUCUGAAAGUCUUUGAGCCAAAGCUGAACUACAGUGACCAUGAUGUGAUCAAAUGGGUGAGGUACAUUGGCAGGAGUGGGAUCUACGAGACAAGAUGCUAGCCAGCCCUGUGCAGCAAGCUGGCUCUCUCUCACCCGGCCUCCCUUGGUCUCGAAGUACAAGAGCGCUUCUCUGGCCCCUCCUUCAUCCAGAGGCUGGAAGCUAGAAUCCUGCAGCUGCUCCCUGGAAAAAGGACACCGGCACCUGCUUUGUUUCAGUUACUGUUGGAGAUGCAGCUGACGUCAGGUGGUUUGAGAGUCUGGCUCAUGUCUUACUUCUGUCCCAGGAUACAAAAGGGCCAGUCUAAUACCACCCCCUUGUGGUCAUUCUAGGGAAUAUCCACCAUGUGAUAAACCCUCUUCUUCUGUUGUCACUACUUGCAUUAUAUCCUAGUAUUUUUGGAAAUUCUUGUGCAUCUGUAUCGGUAGAAUAGACAUGAAAUCAUAGACUGGACAACCCUUGAAUUAAUUCUGGCUCUUGUACUUGGCUAUUGCUGUUGUAAUUGUUGUUGUGUGGCAAAGGUGGGACUUUUCCUCGUUGCUUUCUCCUACAAUUUCCUUGAUAAGGAGCUCAGCUCGAGGAAGAUUUAUGACCAAAAAUUCUGAGGGUUGUUAUCAUGGAUGGUGAGGAUAGCAAAGAGUUUCACAGCCGUAGAGGGCAAGUUCCUUGGAGCGCUGAUGAGAGCUGACAAAGCCAGUACCUUUUCUCUCUCACACACAAUCCCUUCGCCCGAAAUCGCAUAUAACUGAGGAGAGACCGAUUUGAUCAGUAAUACCUAAAGGAUUUGUCUUCUGAUUAAAAAUUGACCAGCAAUCUUUCCUCCCUUUCCUCCUCCUCCUCCUCUUCCCAUUUUUCUUUUGCCCAAUCAGCUGAUGCUUUCUUCUACUAAAAGCUUUUGGGUCAAUGGAAAUGCUGCUGCAAUCCACAGUCCUCUGCUUCAGAUAGUGUGGUCUCCCAUUUUGUACACUUGUGAUUGUCCAGUUAUAAACACAAUAAAGUAUAUAGAACCAGC